AAACAUCAGUUGAUCGACAAAAAGUUGUUGACAAAAACCUUUUAUUCGAAAUACGUAUUCCCAAAUGCAGCAUUCUCAGAAGCCAGGAAAAUCAUGUCCAAGUUGCUAUGCCAAACUUGCAGGAAAAUCAUGUCAACAGCAAUAGCAAUAUGAAUACGGUAUGAUCUUCUUUAAUCUUAUAUUAAUUUCAUGAUCUUAAUAUAUUUAUUAAUAUAUAUCUCAGAUCCUUUCUUCUAGAUGCACAUUUAAACUUGAAAAUAUGUCAGUUUAAAAGGUUUUUAAAUCAAAAUCGAAAAAUGGAAGCUAUCAUGCAGUGCAGCAUGAACGCUUCACACACAUUAGACCCCAGUUGAUUUCAGUACAGUUACUACUUUCCUUAAUAGUAAUUUUCCAUUUGAAGAUAUUGCAAAACAUUAUGCAUUUCUUAAGCCUGUAUUCUAAUAGCUCACUCAGUGGAGGUUUAAUCUGAGUUUCCCUUGAGUGUCAAUGCUGUUUCUGAAUAGCUGCAUAACCCUCCAGCUAUUCAAAAACAGCAUUGACACUCAAGGGAAGCUCAAAUUGAACCUCCACCCCUUGAGUGUGAGCGUGAGUGAGCUUUUAAAUACAUGCGUUUGAAAUCAGUGAUGAAAGAUUACAGAUCAUACUAAAAAAGGAAAUGGCACCAAUUGAUGAGCCAGAUGAGCAGUGAUUCGCCAUUUUUAAUCCUAUAUUUUCUGAUACCAUGGGAGAAAUGGAUGUUGCUUUCCUUAGUGUUGAUAUAGUUUUAUCCGGGGUCAUGUGAGUGUUUCUAAAUUUACGGGGUGUGUACUUGCCAAUUACCCAGAAUAGCCAAAUUUAUAGUUCCAGUUAUCCUCACCAAUCCUGUGUUUUAUUUAUCCUGUACAACCAAAUUUAAAGCAAGUAUACACUUUUGUCAGAUUUUGUCAGUAGUUGACAGCUUUCGCUGAUCUUGGACUGUUGAUUAAAUGUUAAUAUACAAUGACAUUUCAGAACUAUUGUGAGGAUAAUAGUAUAUUUAUUUGCUGAACUGCCUAUGGGUUAAUUCAUAUCACUAAAAUUGUUCAUUGCUAACCACUGGAACCCCAUAUUCAAGUAUACAAAACUGUCUACAAAUACCUUUUUGUACAUAAAACAGAAAUUGAAAAUCAUUGUGAACAUUGAUAGAAAUAGUAUGUGUUGUUUUCAUAUUUUAGGAGAGCAUACAGAUGGAAAAUCGAACUAAUGGUGGAUUU